ACUCUCACUUCCCUCAUCCUCACACCUCACGCCUCACAAAGUACCUUUUCUCUCUCGAAAAGUCUCAACUUCCCUUCGGCCUUCACUCGCUCAGUUUUCCAUCAGACGACCGACUCACUCGACUCAUCAGACCCAUCAGCUGGGGUGGUUGUCGCCGGAGUCGGAAAGAAUUCGAUUGUUCGACCGGUCAUCGAUGGCUUUGGAAGCUCUCAACUCGCCGACCGCCACUCCCCCGCCGUUCCAAUUCAUGGACGACGCCGCCGCCUCCAACAUCCACUUCAUGGAGCCCUUCACCAAGCGGAAGCGUUCUAGGCGGCCCCACCAGCCCCCCACCGAGGAGGAGUACCUCGCUCUCUGCCUCAUCAUGCUCGCUCGCGGCGGCCGACGUGCUGGCGAAACGCAAACACCACCCUCUGAUUCGUCCUCUCCAGCCCCGCCGCAGCCGCAGCCGCAGCCGCAGCAGCUGGCGCUGGUCAACAGGGACGCGAGCUCGAACGGUACGAGCAGUUUGAUCUACAAGUGCUCUGUCUGCGACAAGGCGUUCUCCUCGUACCAGGCCCUCGGCGGCCACAAGGCCAGCCACCGCAAGCUAGCCGGCGCCGGUGCGGACGAGCCUUCCACGUCUACUGCCACAGCGACAACGACCGCCGCCAACGCCGCCGCGUCGGGUUCCGGCCGUGUCCACGAGUGCUCGAUCUGCCACAAGACGUUCCCCACCGGGCAGGCCUUGGGGGGCCACAAGCGGUGCCACUACGAGGGCGGCGCCGCAAACAGCGGGGCGACCGCGACAGGUUCGGUCAGCGUGGGGUCCACUCACACAGCGGGGCACAGCCAGCGGGACUUCGACCUGAACCUGCCGGCGCUCCCGGAGUUCUCGCCGAAGUUCCUGGUCUCCGGGGACGACGAGGUGGAGAGCCCGCACCCCAUGAAGAAAGCGCGCCUGUCGAUUCCGUUGAAAUUGGAAGUCCCGUCGGACGCAUGAAGUUGAACGGCACACCCUUUCUUCAUUCACUGUUCUUAGAUAAGUUUUUUUUUUUUUUUUUGGGAAAGAGAGAUUGGAUUGGAAUAUUAUUCGGUGUACAUACGGCGGUCGAACCGACAUUGGUUGCGUUUAGUUGUUUAAGCUGUGACCACGAAAUUCUUCAAUUCAUUAUUAGAAAAUAUAAUUUUCUUUCUGCAUA